AUGAGUCCCCCUGCUCACCCAACCAUCCUCCUAAUCCAGGGCUCAUUCCAGCGACCCGACGUCUACAGCCCAUUCGUCAAACUGCUAGAGUCCCGCGGCUUCGGGGUCGUCCAGCCAGAACUACCCAGCCUCACAGGCCAAGACCAACCCGACUUCCCGCAAAAGACCCUGGCAGACGACAGCGCAGUCAUCGAGGCCGCCCUCCAAAGACUCGUCCAGGACGAGGCUAAGAAGGUAGUCGUGGUCAUGCACUCCUACGGCGGCCUCGUGGGCGCAGAGGCCGUGCCGGAGGAGCUGACACUGAGCAGCCGUGAGCACCGCGGCCUCCUCGCGGGCGGCGUCGCGCAUUUCAUCUACGUCGCGGCGUUCGUAAUGCCGCCAGGCCAGUCCAUCGGCGCCGCGAUGAGGGACAGUCCCAACCACACGAUCGAGGACGGGCGCAUCAGGAUGCUAGACCCGCGCGCGCUCAUCUACAACGACCUGCCGCCUGAAGAGGCUGCGUCUCUGGUGGACAGGAUGACCGUGCAGAGCGCUGGGGUCCUCGAUACCGUGCUCACGCGCUGUGCCUACUCUUAUGUGCCGUCGACGUAUGUGGUCUGCACGGCCGACCCGGCUCUGCCCCCGCCUGUGCAGGAACGGUUUGCCCAGGCUGCUGGUUCGGAGGUGAAGAACAUCGCGGCGGGACACUCGCCCAUGCUCUCGAAGCCGGAACAGCUGGCGAAUAUUAUUGUGGAGAUUUCUGAGGGGGUUUGA